GAAUAAUUAUCGUGACAGAUGAAGAUAACGAAGAUUUUACCCAGUGUUUUGUGCAUAUACAUUUCGAAAACGGAGUUAGAAAAUUAAAUUUCACAAAAUGUAUCCUAUUCCUGGAGGAUCAGAUAGAAAUGUAAUAACGUGUACUAAAGAAGAAAUAUUCAUAAUAUUACGGAACGAUCUGAACGAGAGCUUGCCCAAACAAAUUGAAAUUUUGGAAGCUGCGUGGACAAAAAAACUGAACCGUAAUAUCUUCAUACAUGACGAUGCAAAGCCUGUCUUCGCUAAGUUUCUUCAUGUUAUCAAAAAAAGGUGGGAAAACUCCAAAACAGAUGAAAUAUUUAAAAAAAAAUACAAUAAUUGGCUGUCUAACUCAAUACGAAUUAUAAUUUACGAUACUGAGGAUCUACCAAUGGAAUCAAAGAGAACGUUAGAAUGUUCUGCUAUGAGUGACCGAUGUAAACGCAGAAAAACUAAAGAACUUCACACAUCCAACAACAUUGAGGAAUUGGCAUAUGCUACUCAAAUAAACGUUUGCUCGUCAGAACAAUUAGACGCUUCAAAAGUUAUUAAAAAUGUAACGUUAGCAACCCCAACAAUAGAUUCUAUCAUAUGUAUAACACCUUUGACAUCAGAAGUUGAAAGAACAUUAUCUGAUGAUGCAGCACUUUCGGUUCUGAUCGAACAUAAGUUCUCGAAGCGUACUUAUCAGAGUAUGAGAAAAAUAAGCAAAGAAAAUAACUGCAAAUUGUAUCCAUCCUACAAUAACGUUUUAAAAGCAAAAAAUCGUUGUUAUCCACCAUAUACUAGCAUUACGAUCACAAAGUGUCAUGCAGAAAUAAAAUUGCAGGCUUUGUUGGAUCAUACAGCAAAGCGUAUUUUGUUCUUCCAAAGGGAAAUUAUUGGUACCUUGACCGUGGACAAUGCAAGAAAUAUGCAUCUCAUUUGUAAGUGGGGUUGUGACAGAAGAAGUGGACAAAACGUUUACGAGCAGAGGUUUACCAAAGACGGCAAAUUAGAUGAAAAUAUAUUGUUCACCUCACUUGUGCCAUUACAGCUCGUGUGUAAGGUCUUUGAAUUAAAUACAGAAGUUGUUGUCUGGAAGAAUCCUAGACCAUCGUCUUCUCGAUUCUCGAGACCGAUACGAUUGCAGUUUCUGCAUAAAAAUGUUGAGUCGACAAUCAAUAAAGAUGACAUUGAACAACAGGUGAAGUCGCUUGUUCCUUUUACAACACAAAUACAUGGAAUGGAGAUCUGUAUUAAAUACAGCAUGAUGUUUACAAAGAUAGAUAAUCAAGUUUGCAAUGCGAUGUCAAAUACAAAAUUAACUCGGUACUGUUAUUUAUGCAGAACUGCACUCAAGGAUUUCAAUAACAUAGAUGAGAUUCUGCAGAAAGAAAUUACUGAAACUAAUCCACGAUUUGGAUUGUCAACAUUACACGUUUGGAUACGUUUUUUUGAAUGCUGUUUGCAUUUAUCGUACAGACUCAAAAUUAAAAAGUAUCAAGUACACACUCAGGAGGAAAUAACAAUUAUGGAAGAAUGCAAAAGGAUUAUUCAAAAGGGAUUUCGCCUACAAUUGGGAUUAGUUGUCGAUCAUUCAAAACCCGAUUACGGAAACAUCAAUGACGGAAACACUGCUAAGCGAUUUUUCGAAAACUCUAGUAUAUCUGCUACAAUAACAGGUGUCUCUGAAUGUUUAAUCAAUCGAUUUUAUGUGAUUUUGCAAACUAUUUCAAGUGGCUAUAAUAUUAAAUGCGACAAAUUUCGAGAAUAUACUUUGGAAACUGCCCGGAAAUUUGUCGAGUUAUACCCGUGGUAUCACAUGCCAAUUUCAGUACAUAAACUUUUAAUUCAUGGGCCAGAAAUGAUAACUUCCGCUUUGUUAUCGAUAGGACAAUUAUCUGAGAAUAUUCAGGAAGCACGAAAUCAUGAGGAUAUUAAAAAAUUUUGUGAAGAUUUCUCACGAAAAUUUCUGAGGAAGAACACCAUGCGAGACGUUUUCAACUGGCUGAUAGUCAUUUCAGAUCCGUAUAUUUCUAAUAUAAGAAAAUUGCCACAAAAGCCACUCAAGUCAUUAUCGCCAGAAGUUAUCGAAUUAUUAGAUUCUCCAACAGUUCAUGCUGCAACCACGAUUACAACGAAUGAGAAAUAUACCGGUUUCGAUAAUAUAUCUUCAGUAAUUAAUUCUGACGAUCAUUGCGAUUCUGAUAUUGAUUCCGAUUUUUGUUUGUAAAAUAAAGACAUGAUAA